AUGGUUUUGAAUGAAGAUGUAAAAACAAAAGGAGAUUCGUUCAUUUUUAACAAUAUAAGAAUAUGUGAUUGUCACUUUGAGGAAUUUUACCGUUCUGCAAGUAAACGACUUACCAGAAAUGCAGUACCAACUUUGAACUUAUCUUCAACUUCGCCAAUAGUGCUUCAACCUUCAUCUUCUGUUGAGACUGAAAUGUAUAUUGAUAUGCAAAUAGGAGACAACUUAGAGCCUUUCAAGUUGCCAUAUCCGAAACAAAAACUACUUCCUAGAGGCAUAAACGAGACCAUAAUGAAACAAUUAGCUAAAACUGUGAAAAAGUUGCCUGAUGAAAAAAAGCUGUGUACAUUAAUUUUUGAUGAGGUGGCAUUGACUCCAGGACUUUAA